AGACAUUCAAAAAUAUUUUUGUACACGCAACACACUAGUUGUUCAUUUGUUUAUUUUUUUUUGCUUUCAUUAAUUUAAAUACAGAGCACAGCAUGGGCUCCCGAAGUAUUCCCCAGGUUGACAUGCUGGGUGUGUCAAAGAGCUUACGUCUUCAGCGCAAACCGAUCUUGAAAUUCGUGCCGCUAAUUGGACUUUCGUGCGUCAACUACAGGGUUCUGGAGGAACUUGAUUAUUUCUACUUAGAUUGUCAGAAUCACAGGGAUUACUAUCGUGAUCCGGUUAAUAAGAUGCAGCGGUCGAAACUAUUUGCCUAUCACCACGAUAAUUGUGGCACCAAGCCAGAUAGAAAUUAUGAGGCUUUAAUUAGACCCGGCUAUUGGGUUAAAGAACGCCAGCCGGUGGUGUAUCCGGAGAAAUAUAGUCAACGCAUGAAUCUGGGCGGAAGCAUACGCAUAGAUGCCCACUUCUCAAGGAAUUCGUCCACGGUGUUCAAACGUUAACUGCACCAAACAUUAUUUUGUCACUCAAUAUUUUCGAUGCUAAAUUUUAUGCACUUCUUAUUGGGCACUUUCAGUAAAUUGUAGUAAAAAUCAA